AUGUUGAAGCAACACUUCAGGGUGUGCUGCUGUUUCUGGCGCCAUUUCAAUCUAGUUUCACCUCAAGUUCAUGGUGAUAUCAAAGAAAUUUUCCAGCAAUAUUCUGAAGAUGAAUUAAUGACUGUUAACAAUUUGCAUACUUUCUUAAAAGAUUUUCAAAAGGAAUAUGAUGCCUCCAAGGAACAGGCGCAAGAAAUUAUGAACAACCUGAGGCAUUUGCACCUCUUCCCACGAAAGGGACUUCACGUUGAAGCCUUCUUUCGAUAUCUACUUAGCGAUCACAAUCUCCCAUUAUCAACAAAGGUCCACCAUGACAUGAAGGCUCCUUUGUAUCAUUACUUUAUGUAUACGGGGCACAAUUCUUACCUAACUGGGAAUCAAGUUUACAGUAAGAGCAGCAUCCGCCCCAUCGUUAAGGCUCUGAGAAAAGGGGUAAGAGUUAUAGAGCUGGAUCUCUGGCCAAAUUCAAGAAAAACUGGUGUAAAUGUUCUCCAUGGAGGGACAUUCACCGCUCCGGUCAAGCUAAGCAAAUGUUUGAUCGCUAUUAAGGAUAAUGCAUUUUCAGCUUCCGCGUAUCCUGUCAUUAUAACUUUUGAAGACCACCUUCCACAGGAACUUCAAACUAAAGUAGCCCAGAUGGUUAAAGGAAUAUUUGGAGAAAUGCUGUACCAGCCCAAGCCAGAUUCUCAGGAGUUCCCUUCACCGGAAGAAUUGAAGAAGAAAAUUAUUAUCUCAACUAAACCACCCAAAGAACAUCUAGAAUCUCAGAGUGAAAAUAGAGUGCAGAACUUACAGGAGGAUCAGUUAUAUGAUCUGGGCGAAGACGAAGAAGAAGCUUUACAAUAUUCAUCUCCUGAAUAUUUGCAUUUGAUUGGUAUCCAUGCCGAGAAGGUGAGGAGUAACAUAGGAGAAUCAUUGAGAGCCGAGCGAGGAAAAGUUAGGCGUCUUAGCCUUAGUGAGCAAGAGCUUAAGGAUGUUGCAAAAGACCAUGGAGACCAUCUUGUGCGAUUUACCCAACAAAAUUUUCUGAGGAUAUAUCCCAAGGGUUCACGCGUAGAUUCAUCCAACUAUAAUCCUUUUGUUGGCUGGACUCAUGGAGCUCAGAUGGUUGCAUUCAACAUGCAGGGAGAUGAUAAGUACCUUUGGAUAAUGCAAGGAAUGUUUCGAGCCAAUGGUGGAUGCGGUUAUGUGAAAAAACCAGAUUUCUUAACAUUUGGCGAAGUUCGUGAUCUAAGCCGCGCAGAGCCAUUAGAAGUCAAGAAAACUCUGAAGGUAAAAAUAUACAUGGGAGAGGGCUGGCUUAGAGAAUUCUAUCUUACACAUUUCGAUUGGUUUUCCCCGCCGGACUUGUAUGCUGAGAUGAGUGUAAUUGGAGUUGCAGCGGAUUCAAUUAAGAUAAGUACACGGAAAAUCGAUGAUCAGUGGGAACCAAUGUGGGACCAGGAGUUUACAUUUGAGCUGCGUGUUCCUGAACUGGCUUUACUUCUUAUCAUAGUUAAUGAUUAUGAUACGCUUAAAGAACACGAGUUUGCUGGCCAAACAUGUUUGCCAAUUUCAGAGUUGAGACCUGGUAUUAGAUCUGUGCCAUUACAUGAUAGAAGUGGAAAUAGAUACAGACAUGUAAGGCUCCUCGUGCGUUUCCAAUUUGUUUAA